AUGGCGGAAGAAACUCUACACUGUACUUUUACCUGUAAGAAUUCCAAUCUGUAUUGGGUCGACAUUGGCUUAGGCAGACGCGCUGGCGGGCCGUUGACCGAGGGUCUUGAGGAGACGUCCCCUUGCCCCCGCCUGGACGGGGUCCUCAUCUCGCACAACUCGGCUGAAGGUAAGGAGAGACUCUGGGUCCACCGCCAGACUCUCCAGUGGCAGGUCUCCAGGCUGCUGCGCGCAAACCUAACAAUCUGGCCGAGGUCAUCCAGGAGAGCUGCAAAACAUAAAGACCCCACUGAUGUGCCUGAGACGCCCCACACCAAGGGCCCAGGAGAGACCGAUCAUCUGGAUCACGAGCCUCCUGUGUCUCCACUGCUCCCUCGAAAAGAACAGGGUCCCCAAGACAGCAGCCUAAAUGAAGAUGAGCGCCUUCUCCCCAAAGACAAAAAAACCAACUUGUUCAGUGCCUUGAUCAAAAAGAAGAAGAAAAUGGUCCCAACAGCCCCAAAACGCAGCAGCUCCUUCCGGGAGAUGGACGGCCAGCCCGAGCGCAAGGCAGCCGUUGAGGAGGAGGGCCGAGAAACCAGCAAUGGGGUGCCAGCCCUCACCACCCUGGACGCAGCCGAGCCAGCCAAGUCCCCAAAGCCCAGCAGCGGGGCGGGUGUCCCGAAUGGAGCCUUCCGGGAGUCGGGGGGACCAGGCUUCCGGUCUCCCCACCUGUGGAAAAAGUCCAGUACACUGACCAGUACUGCCGCCAAUGAGGAGGAGAGUGGCGGCAGCUCCAGCAAGCGCUUCCUGAGGUCCUGCUCGGCCUCAUGUGUGCCCCACGGGGCCAAGGACACAGAGUGGAGGUCUGUCACGCUGCCUCGGGAUUUGCAGUCCACAGGGAGGCAGUUCGACUCGUCCACAUUUGGAGAGCACAAGAGCGAGAAGCCAGCUCUGCCUCGGAAACGGGCGAGUGAGAAUAGGUCUGACCAGGUGACCAGAGGCACAGUGACCCCCCCACCCCAGCUGGUGAAAAAGACUGAGGACGCAGCAGAUGAGGUCUUUCGAGAUGGGGAGUCCAGUCCAGGCUCCAGCCCUCCCAGUCUGACUCCAAAACUCCUCCGCAAGCAGGUGUCGGGGGCUCCUUCCUCCAGCGUUCCCCACAAAGACGAGGCCGGGAAGUCCAGUGCCUUGGGGGCCCCUACCACAGCUGAGCUGGGGACCCCUGCCACCAGAGGAGGGCCAGACAUGUCCGGAGGGGCCAGCAAAGCCCCCGCAGAGGAGCCCAGAGCCAGGAGGCACAAACCCUCCUCCGAGUCCCCAGGGAGAGACAAGGGGAAACUGUCCAAGCUCAAACCUGUCCCACCGCCUCCACUACCAGCUUCCAUUGGGAAAGCCGGGAAGCCUUCUCAGAGCCUGAGCCAGGAAGCAGCUGGGGAGGCCAGCACUGCCGGGAAAGCCAAAGCCGCAGCAGUGGUUGUGGAUGCUGUGAACAGUGACACCGUCAAGCCCGGUCUGCUGGGAGAAGGCGUCAAAAAGCCCGUGCUCCCAUCCAUGCCAAAGCCGCAGUCGUCCGGCAAGCCGGCGGGGACCCCAGCCAGCCCGGCUUCCGCCCCUUCCACGCUGUCAUCCGCAUCCUCUGCCCUGGCUGUGGACCAGCCAGCCUCCACUGCCUUCAUCCCUCUCAUAUCAACCCGUGUGUCUCUUCGGAAAACCCGGCAGCCUCCUGAGCGGAUCGCCAGUGGCACCAUCACCAAAGGUGUGGUCCUGGAUGGCACAGAGGCUCUGUGCCUCGCCAUCUCUAAGAACUCCGAGCAGAUGGCCAGCCACAGCGCUGUACCUGAAGCCGGCAAGAAUCUCUACACAUUCUGUGUGAGCUACGUGGAUUCUAUCCAGCAAAUGAGGAACAAGUUCGCCUUCCGUGAGGCCAUCAACAAACUGGAGAAUAAUCUCCGGGAACUUCAGAUCUGCCCGGCGACAGCAGGGAGUGGCCCAGCGGCCACUCAGGACUUCAGCAAACUCCUCAGCUCCGUGAAGGAGAUCAGUGACAUCAUGCAGAGGUAG